AGUUUCGAAACAGAGAAGAAGAGAAGAAGGAGAAGAAGAGCGGUUUCUGCAAAAUGACCCUUUACAUGCCUCUGUUUAAGAGCGCCACCACCUUCAGAACGCUCGCUCAGCUCCAUGCCCACCUCCUCGUCACUGCCCUUCACAAAGAUCCACUCGCUUCCACAAAGCUCAUCGAGUCAUAUUCCCAAAUGGGCGACCUCCAAGCUUCGCGAUCCGUCUUUCAGACCUUCCCCUCUCCCGAUUCCUUCAUGUGGGGUGUCCUAAUUAAGUCCCAUGUCUGGAGCGGCUUCUAUGCGGAAGCCAUUUCUCUGUAUCACCAAAUGCUGUGCCACCAAAUUCAGUUCAAUGGCUAUAUAUUUCCGUCUAUUUUGAGGGCUUCUUCUGGGUUUUCUGAUCUGGGUGUGGGCGAAAGGGUCCAUGGGAGGAUUAUUAAAUCUGGGUUUCACAUGGAUCCUGUUGUGGACACCUCUUUACUGAGUAUGUAUGGCGAGUUGGGCUACUUAGAGAGUGCUUGGAGGGUGUUUGAUGAAAUGCCGCUGAGAGAUUUGGUUUCUUGGAGCUCGAUCAUUUCGAGUAGUGUUGAAAAUGGAGAGAUAAAUGAAGGUCUGGAGACUUUUCGUACUAUGAUUUCUGAAGGUGUGGAGCCGGAUUCGGUUAUAAUACUCACUGUGGCCGAGGCUUGUGGUGAAUUGGGGAUUCUGAGGCUGGCAAAGUCUUCUCAUGGCUAUAUCUUGAGAAGGGGGAUCGAAAAUGAUAGAUCUUUGGCCAGUUCGUUGAUUUUUAUGUAUUCUAAAUGUGGCAGCUUACGCAGUGCGGAGAUUAUCUUUAAGAAUGUUACUCACCAUAGUACUUCUUCUUGGACUGCAAUGAUCUCCAGCUACAACCAAUGUGAUUGUUUCCGGGAAGCUUUAGCUGUGUUUGUUUCAAUGCAAAAGACUGAAGUUGAACCAAACUCUGUAACUAUGAUGGUUAUUCUACGCUCUUGUGCUAAUUUGGGUUUUCUGAGAGAAGGGAAAUCCGUUCAUUGCGUUGUCAUAAAGAACAAUUUAGACGCUAAUCUUGAUUGCCUAGGACCAACUUUACUCGAACUAUAUGCCAGCAUUGAAAAAUAUGAUCUCUGUGAGAAGAUUCUUCAUGAAAUUGGAGGAAGAGGGAUUGUAGCAUGGAAUAUGCUCAUUUCAGUUUAUGCUCAGAGGGGAUUGUUGAAGGAAGCACUUGUUCUCUUUGUGAGGAUGCAGAACCAAGGGCUUAUGCCUGACUCAUUCAGCCUGGCUAGUUCUCUUUCUGCGUCUGGAAAUGAGGGUAUGUUCCAGCUUGGACUGCAAAUACAUGGCCAUGUUAUCAAGAGACCUUUCAUGGAUGAGUACGUUCUAAACUCGCUAAUCGACAUGUACUCGAAAUGUGGCUUUGUGGAUUUGGCAUACAUGAUAUUUGAUAAUAUGGAACCAAAAGGGGUAGUGACUUGGAAUUCUAUGAUUUGUGGGCUUUCCCAAAAUGGUAACUCUGCUGAAGCAAUCAUUUUAUUCGAUCAGAUGUAUUUGACAUGUCAAGAGAUUGGGGAAGUUGCCUUCUUAAGCGUGAUUCAAGCCUGCUCCCAUUUGGGUUAUCUAGAGAAAGGGAAAUGGAUCCACCACAAGCUUGUUAUCUGUGGUCUCAGAAAAGACCUUUAUAUCGAAACAGCUUUAGUUGACAUGUAUGCAAAGUGCGGAGACCUCCAAACGGCACAGCAAGUUUUCGAUAGUAUGUCAGAGAGGAGUCUAGUGUCGUGGAGUACUCUUCUUUCCAGUUAUGGGGUGCAUGGUCAGAUUAGUGAGGUUAUCUUGCUCUUUUCAAAAAUGCUUGAAUCAGGAAUAAAACCAAAUGAUGUUACUGUCAUGAAUGUUCUUUCAGCAUUUAGCCAUGCUGGUUGUGUAAAAGAAGGGAUGCUUUUCUUCAGCUCAAUGAGGGAUUUCUGCAUUGAGCCUAAAAUAGAACACUUUGCUUGCAUAAUCGAUCUUCUAAGUCGUGCAGGCGACCUUAAUGGAGCAUACGAAAUAAUCAAAUCGAUGCCAUUUCCAGCAGAUGCUGGCAUCUGGGGUGCUCUGUUAAAUGGCUGCCGAAUCCACCAGAGACUGGACAUAGUGAAGAACAUCCAAAGAAAACUGUGCAAUAUUCAGACAGAUGAUACUGGAUAUUAUACAUUAUUAUCGAAUAUAUAUGCUGAAGGAGGAGAAUGGUAUGAAUUCGGGAAAGUUAGGUCGAUGAUGAAGGGUACAGGGCUAAGAAAGGUUCCUGGAUACAGUUUAAUUGAGAUUGGUAAGAAAGCCUACAGAUUUGGAGCAGGAGAUUCUUGGCACUCACAAAUGAAGGAAAUAUAUAGAUUUUUAGAUAAUUUUCAGAGAUCUUCUCAGGAAGAAGCUAAUAAUGUACAAGUACAUUGUUCAUUGUAUGAUAUGAGUUUUUAUUCGGAAUACAAGGAUUUGGCAUCUUAUCUUAUAAUUUAGUAUCUUCU